UCAUCCCUUUGGGGCACGACAAGAGAUGCGCGUCCGUGAGUGCGCGCGCGAUGUUCGGCUCCAGUAUCCGUGCUCGGGAAGAGCUGCACGGAGAGGAAUGAAGAGAAAAGAGAAGAAGAAAACAUUUCCAUAAAAGAAAAAAAGAAGAAGAGACGACUCUGAGCUUGGCGCGUGCGGGCGGGCGUGCGUGCACGGAUCGCAUUUAUCUGGGAGAAGAAGAACAAAAUGAAUAAAUAACUAAAUACAUACAUAGGAAUAAAAUAUUUUUAUAUAAAUAUUUUUGUAAUAAUAGUAAUAAAUAAAAAAGAGCAGAGUCGUCCUGCCGUCUGUGUCCACGGGAAUACACGAGGAUGGAGCGCGAGGGAUGACGGGCGGAGAGCGGAGGGCGACGGCACGCGCGUGUUCGGAUGCGCAUCUGCGCAGUUUCUCCCGCGUGCACGGAGUUUAUCCUGCUGUAGACCACCGCAGAAUCGCUCGAGCACAUCCGUUUCAUAGUCUCGCGCUGCACACGGACCGUUCUGGUGCUUUUGGUUUUUGGAUUUGGCUCUCACACACACACACACACACACACACACACACACACACACACACACGCACACACACACGCGCGCGCGCACAUACGCACACACACACCGCUGUCUCGUCUCGGUAUCACUGGAUCGCUUUAUUUUUCUCCACACUGAUGAGGAUCGAUUAAGGAUGCUGGAUUAAGGAGCGCUGGUUGUUUUUUUAUUGUGUGUGUGUGUUUUUUUUUUUUGAAUGCAGAAGGAAAUGCAUCCCUCCAUCUCUCCGUUACGAGUUUAGAAGUCUCCUGCGAGACGAGGCGGAGAUCCGGUGCGCAUUUCUGCGUCUCUGCGGUGGAGAACUCGAGCGGGAUUUGUGCGCCUGCCUAUUUUUAAUCCUCCUGAUUGAUGCGAUCCCGUUCUGUUUGGAAAAUAAUUACUACAGAUCAACACCAGGGGUGGAGAAGGAGGAGGAGGAGGAGGAGGAGGACGGAACUUCAGCGCGAGACCGGCCUGGAGAGGUCUGUAUGAGCGUAAGUAACACAACAAACGUUGGCUUUCAACGUAGGAAGACAGAUUUCCUCAAGAACUCCUUCUUUCCAAGCUGGAAUCUUGUGACAACAUUUCAACAUGGCGGCUACAUUGCAAAGAGCUCAGAUGGUUCUCUUGGGACCUGCACUCCGUCUGAGGAGUAACAGCUCAUUCAUGGGACUUGCCGUGUCUGCUUUUAAGUGCCGAAUUGUUGGAGAGGAUUGAUGGAAAGAUGAUUGAUGGAAGGAGUCUCCAGUGUCAGCACUUUGUAGCAGUCAGAGGUGGCAUUAAUCUUACUACCCAGAAUUCCCUAGGAGAAAACAUGAUGAGAUGAGUGACACAGGAAGAGCCUUCAUCUCUGGACGAGGAAGCUGAUAAACCAUGGAGCGUUUCAUUUUUUGCAUGAUGCUGUUGGGGGUUCUGGUGCGAGGACAGCAGUGCCCAGGCCGAUGUAUCUGCCAGACCAUCUCACCCACCCUGACCUUGCUUUGUGCGAAGACUGGACUCCUGUUUGUUCCACACACUAUUGAUCGCAAGACCGUAGAGUUGAGGCUAACGGACAACUUCAUCACAGCGGUCCGUAGGAAGGACUUUUUAAACAUGACGAGCCUGGUGCACCUGACACUGUCCCGCAAUACCAUAAGCCAGAUUGCACCUCAUGCAUUUGUUGGACUCAAAGCAUUAAGGGCACUUCACAUGGAUGGGAACCGACUGACUGAUAUAAAGAAUGAUCAGCUGAAAGGUUUGGUCAACCUUCGGCAUCUCAUCCUGGGGAACAACCAAAUCCACCAUAUAGACCCUUCCUCCUUUGACGAGUUUGUAUCAACUAUUGAGGAUUUGGAUUUGUCUUACAACAACCUGAGGACGUUGCCAUGGGAGGCUAUUGCCAGGAUGACCAACAUCAACACGCUAACUUUGGAUCACAAUCUUAUCGAUCACAUAGGAGCUGGAACUUUCACGCUGCUUACCAAACUGGUCAGAUUGGACAUGACGUCCAACCGUUUGCAGAAGCUGCCCCCAGACUCCCUCUUCCAGCAUGCGCAAGUGCUGUCUGAUCCUAAAGGUAGCUCUAGUUCCUCUAAACUGACGGUGAGUUUUGGUGGGAACCCACUCCACUGCAACUGUGAGCUUUUGUGGUUGCGCAGGCUCACCCGAAAGGAUGACCUGGAGACUUGUGCCUCACCUGACCAACUUAUGGACAAGUAUUUCUGGUCCAUUCAGGAGGAGGAGUUUAUCUGUGAACCCCCACUCAUUAUCAAGCACCAUGUCACUAAGCCGUAUGUCAUGGAAGGCCAAGGUGUUACGCUCAAGUGUAAAGCCAUGGGUGAUCCAGAUCCUACAAUUCACUGGCGCUUUCCUGAUGGAAAGCUGGUCCACAAUAACUCACGUACCAUCCUGUAUGAUAAUGGAACUCUGGACAUCCUGAUUACAACACUGAAAGACAGUGGGGCGUUUAACUGUGUUGCCUCGAAUGCUGCUGGAAUUGCCACAGCAGCUGUAGAGAUAAACAUGAUCCCAUUGCCGUUGUUCGUCAACAACACUAGUCACAUGAAGGAGGCUGACCCUGGCUUGUCUGACAUCACCACCUCCACCAAAUCCGGUAACAAUGACACUAAGCAACAGGACAAGAGGGUGGUGGUGGAUGAGCUGACCUCCAAUUCGGCCAUGAUCCACUGGCCUUCAGAGCGACACAUUCCAGGAAUAAGGAUGUACCAGAUCCAGUAUAACAGUACUAUGGAUGACACUCUGGUCUACAGGAUGAUUCCACCAGAGAGCAAGACAUUCCGGAUCAAUGACCUGGCGGCGGGACGUGAGUAUGAGUUGUGUGUUCUUGCCGUGUAUGAUGACGGCAUCACGUCCCUCACCGCUACACGUGUGGUCGGUUGUGUCCACUUCCGUACCGGGCCUGAGGCGGGACAGUGCCAGUUUGCUCAAGCACAGUUCCUGGGUGGCACCAUGAUCAUCAUUAUUGGUGGCGUCAUUGUGGCCUCUGUGCUCGUCUUCAUUGUCAUCCUGAUGAUCCGAUACAAGGCGUAUGGCACGGCUGAUGCCUCCAAAGUCAAAGGUGGAAUGUCUGGAAGUGUCCACUCCGGUCGUGCCACGUCAAAAAAUCAGGAGCAUGUGGGCGAAUCUCCAGUCAGUACAGACUGCCAUGCUAUUGCGCUGCUUAGCCUUGAAAAUGAGACUCGGGAGGAAGCAAAGGAACUGACGCCUCCGAUUAACCCAGAGGUGGCAGCUUUGGCUCUCGUACCUGCUCCUCCCAUCCCACCAUCCCGCAGGGCAAGUUUAGGAGCCCCACCUUCAGAUGAUAACCAGACAGACAGCAGCCUGACAGGCUCCACCAUGUCACUUUGCCCCAUUGGCACCAGUACAAGUGACAGGGACAGGAAGCGGACGCCAGUGGCCAUUGGGUUGCUGCCGGGUGAGCUGGCGAGGGCAAGGCAUCGCUUCUCAUUCGAUGGGGACUACACGCUUUUCCAGAGCCACAGCUACCCGAGACGGGCCCGUGCCCGCCGCCACAAAUCCAGCUCGCAGCUUGAUGUCUCGCCUCCGACUGAACGCCGCAUCACGUUCAGUAGCAGCACUGAAUGGAUGCUCGAGAGCACAGUGUGAAUAACUGAAUAACACGUACACAGUGGGGUCCCAAACUCCGAGUUCACUACAAGCAACUGUCUUUAUUUCAUCAGUUAUCCCGGGUCAAUUCAAUUUCAAUACAUUUCUCAAACAAGAUCACUAAUAUUGUUUAUUAGUGUUCACCAAUUCUCUAAAAUAAUCCCAGACUAGACUUAGACUGGAGGGGAUUGUGGGGUUACUUUUUUUAUACUCCCAUUUCUGACCAUUCCAGCAGACACUCUUGAUCAAUCCUGCCUGCUCCCACAACUGUCCGAUUCUGUUACCUAGACCAGGAAAGGGCAGUUACUGAUAAUGGGUUAAUAAGAGCAGUAAAUCUGUCCUGCAUUGUAAACACACUCAAGUUCAAAAAAAAUGUGACUACGUUAUUAACCGACUGUUGUCAACAAAGUAAAAACUGCCCGCUGCUGUGACUUUUUCACUGGGUCUUACACGAUCCCGGUCCAACUACACACCUCCCGCUAUAACACCAGUCGUGCAACACCAGUUCAGUCUUAUGUCAUUUGUGACAUUAUUCCUGAGCCACUUGAAAAUCCCAUCCAGACCCAUUUCUCAACUCAUGUCAAUCAAAUCCCUCGACACUGCAAUAUUGCAGGACUCACUACAGUAUGUUUGCUUCACUGCCAGUUGCCAUGGUUUCAGCAUGAUAUCCACACAAGCUAGCUAAUGUAUGAAGAAAGAUAAAACACCUACAAAUUAGAGCACGAAUCUUCAACCAGAAUAGCAAGUCCGAAAGGACAUGUUUGUGUGCAAAAUGCAUCGGUAUAAUGACUAACUGUCUUAAAAACAGGCUUAAGUGGUUUAAUGUUCAAAAAAUGAGAUGGUGAAAACACUAAUGUGGGUUAAACACUUUUAGCAGUAAAGCAAAGAGUCCCACUGACCAGCUCAGGAUCUCAAGUCUUUCACAUUUGGGGGAAAAAAAAUUAAUGUCAGUGUUAAAGUUAAACUUUGCACAAGGUUCUUUGGUACAUUUAGCAGCUGUAGAUUUUCAAUGCUUCAGUCAUUUUCUUGGAUGCUACAGCAGACAUUUUGUCAAUAUUCACAGAAUGCUUUUAUUUUUCUUGUUUUUUUGUAUCAGCUAAAUUCUGGGAUUGGAGCAUCUCGUCGUUGUCUGGCGGAAACCUCGUAUGUCCAAAUGUUGUCAAUUUCAUAUUUUUGCACACAUCGAUGCUAUCGGUCAGUCUCCAUGUGGGUCUGUUAUUUUUACAAGUUAUUAACCAAUCUAAAGUCUUGAAAAUAGCUUGAGCGCAAAUCUCUUAACUCCA